AUGCGCACCGCGAUUCCAAUCACUUCUCGUCCCUUGGACCUAGUCUACUUCGUCUUUUUCUUGGUCCAUAUACCCGCAACUUUGCUCAUUGAUCUGCAAGCCCUGUAUCCUCCUUGGUUAAUACCGUAUUUCAUACGUGCUCUUCCACGACUAUAUAUCCAAAUGUCGAACGACCCAUUGAUCGGAAGCGUCUUGGGAAUGUUGGGAGAUAGCAAGCCUUUUGUUUGGUUCAAGACCUUCCUUGCAGUUGAAGCUCUCUUUCAAUUUCCUGUCUUCAUACUCGGAGCAAGAGGCCUUUGGCGAGAUUCGCGAUCCAUAUAUGUGCUUCUCCUUGUAUACGCCGCAUCUACCACCACCACGACUUUGCCAUGCCUAUCUGUCUUGCUGGCGACGCCUACAACCAGUGCGCAGACCAUAGCUAACAAAAUAGUCUCUGUAACAGCCUUUCAACGCUCCCUGCUGUUGUCGAGUUACAUUCCAUUCUUUGUGAUACCCUUCAUCAUGACGAUCGAUAUGGCUUCUCGCCUGUCCAAACUGGUCACGACAGGGAUAGACGCUGCUGAUGAGAAGAAGGCGUCAUAA